AUGCCAUCCGCAACCCCUGCACCUCCUCCUCACUCCAUCCCAGGCCUCACCGCCUCCCAGCUCUCCUCCUUCCGCGAAAACGGCUACCUCGUCCUCGAAAACUACCUCAGCGAAUCCGAAGUAACAGCCCUCCUGACAACAACCAACACCCUCCUCUCUGACUUUCCCCUCUCCACCCACCCCCUAACCCGCUUCACAACCGGCACCUCCACCACCUCCGACACCGAGGCCAACGCAAAACACAUCGCGACACCUAUCUCGGUGUCUUGGAUAAGUCGAUCCACUCUUCUUCGAAGCCGACGGCCUUCCUCCCCCCCUCCCCAAUCUCCACAUUCCCGCCAACCUCAAAGCCCCCAAACACCUCUCCAUCAACAAAAUCGGCCACGCCCUACACGCCCUCUCCCCCCCUUUCACCGCCACAACCACUCCCCCGCAUCCCACCGGCACCCGCAACGCCGCCAUAGCUCGUGA